AUGAACAGGGUCAUUAUUUGCACAGACGACGACGUUCGACCUUCUACACAACGGUACCAGGCCGCCGCUCAGUCGAUCAUGUACGCUGAAGACAAGAAGAAGGCGCUCGCUCUUUAUCGUCCCAAGCAGCUUCAGAAGUACGCAGCAAAUCUGCACGUCGCGAAACUCGAGCAGGAGGAGCGCUCCCGAAGGGAUCCCUCAGCCGAUGCGGCAAAGCGCGCACGCGCCCUGCACCUGCAGCUGGCGUUUUGCGCCCAGUACAUGGAUGAGCGGAUCCGGGGGGGUGAACGGGUUAAUGAUCCAAUUGGCUACAGCGGGAGUGCGCAUGGGGGGGCUGUGCUGGCGGGCGCAAAUGGGGGUGCAGGAAAUGGAGCCUCUGAGAACACGACUAAGGAGAAGAUGGCACCAACAACCGAAGUUGGCGUGACCGGCUGUGCAGCAAACCCGGUCGGUGUGAACAUGCCCGGCAGCCAGUUGGUGGCUACCGCCACCAAUGAGAACAAGCCCCCACGCGAAGUCGCCCUCCGUGCAAGCGGGACCGGGCUUAGUGUGAAAUGGCCCGGCCAAGGUGAACCUAAGGAGAGACCCACUGCAUUUGGAACCGCCCACUUCGGCGGGGGAAGUCAGAAGAUGGGCGUGACCGAUCAGAAUCCGUUCCUCGCGAAGCAGGGAACUGCAGGGACGGCGGUUCCGUUUCUUAACGGGGUCCCGAGCAAGCUCCCUUCGUGCAUCAAGCUCGUUUGGGUGAAGAGGAUCGAGGGAAAGGAAGUGCGGACGGAAGCACUUCUCCGGGAUCCUCAGAAGAUCGCGGCAUUCUACCGUGAAAGAGUGAAGCGUGCGGCGAUGCGAGCUGGGCUCGCCCGCGCUCCUCCAGCGAAAGCGGAACCGGAACGAGGCGCCCGGCAGACCGGAACGCUGCUGAAGCGGAAGUCUGUUCUGGACGGAAUGAAGGCUGACACGGAAGCGAAGGUGCGGCUGCUGUCGAGUGGCACGGGCAAGAGGCAACCGAUGCUGAGGCUGACGGAGAACUCCCCCCCUGCAAAGAAGCGGAAGGCGGAUGCCGACUCCAACGUGUGCGCAAUCUGCUUGGAGGAGUGGGACGCCGAGCGCCAGCGCAUGAUCAUUCUCGCGGCAAAAGGGACGGCCCACAAGUGCAACCACGCGCUCUACUGCAACCGGUGCCUGGAGGUUUACUUCCGGAAGAUGCGCGCGCGUGCGGAGAAAGCCGAGAGCGGGGCGUUUAACUACCGGUGCCCCAGCAACUGUGACCUGGGCGCGAAGAAGCCCAAGCUGGAGGUUGUCCACAUGUGA